AUGGCUGAUGGAUACAAGACGGACUUGACGCAAACCGAUCAGACGCCGUCGGUGCGCCGAAAAACGAGUUCGAAAGAGCCGGAUAAAGAAAAUAAAACGCCGCCACGUACCCCGAUCGUCACCAGGACCAGGGACAAGGCCACCAUCACCACCACUCAAAUUGAAAACUCGCAGCGGCGCACCAAGGAAGUCACCCGGGAUGCACCAUCAAAACGGCAUGCCGUGUCGAAGAAGCGUGAGAGGCGCGAAAUAACCCAAGCCACGACGGUGAUUGGCUCAAAAGAAAAGAUACCAGAGCAGUCGAAGCGCCAUGGCGUCGCGGGCAGCGGCGGGUCUGGCCGGAAGGAGAAGGGCGUCCGACUCGUCUCACCGGAGGCCAAAGACGGAAACAACGUCAAGUCAUCCGCCAAGGCACCCAAUCUGCUCACUUCCCGUGAAAAGUCGAACGCACACACAUACUUGGCCCAAGUUUGCCACAAUCGGACGGAUCUCGACGGGAUCAAGCUGUGGGCUGCAAUGCAGCGAGCAUUCAACUAUCUGUCCGUGGCGGCCCUCGUUUCCGACAAGAUCCUCUGCGUACACGGCGGCAUCACCCCGCAUCUCACAUCGUUCGACGUUCUCCGCCAACACCCCAAGCCGGUCCGGAAUCCGUACCAGGGUCUCUGCUCGGAUAUGGUGUGGUCGGACCCCGACACCGCCUACGACUUUUGGCGCCCAAACUCGCGCGGAUGCGGAUUCUUCUUUGGGAGAAGGACGACCGAAGACUUUUGCGAGCGGUUUGGCAUCGACAUGAUCGUCCGCGGCCAUCAGGUGUGCUUGGAGGGCUACUCGACGCUGUGGGACAAGCGCGUCGUCACCAUCUUCUCGGCGCCCUGUUACACCAAUGAUUACAAGAAUGCUGGUUGCGUGUUGAAGGUGGCGGCCAAUCUGGAAUGCGAGCUCGUCGCGCUCGUCCCCGACUAUCCGGGAAGCUUCGCCGGGUGCCAAGAACGUCUCGAGAUUUCGAAGCGUCUCUGGGACCCAUCGCUUGAAGUGUUCCCUGAAAGCGGCGAGCCACCGAAGCCGAUCAUCCGC